UCAUCUCUUCACCACAGUGAAGCUAUCCACAACAGGCCAACCAUGCUUCCAUUGGGCCUCCUCACUGCCGCCCAAGGGCAUCCCAUGCUCGUGGAACUUAAGAAUGGAGAGACGCUGAACGGCCAUCUCGUGUCAUGCGAUACCUGGAUGAACCUCACCCUGAAGGAGGUGGUGCAGACCAGCCCUGAAGGCGACAAGUUCUUCAGACUGGCAGAAGUGUAUGUUAAGGGAAACAAUAUCAAAUACCUCCGCGUACCAGACGAGAUUAUAGAUUUGGUUAAGGAUCAACAACAAGGACAACACGGCAGUGGCUACAGGGGAGGACGCGGAGGAUCAAAAGGAGACCGCGGCGGAAGGGGAGAUAGGGGACGUGGAGGCAGAGGUGGAGGAGGUGGCAGAGGGAGGAGAGGGCAAUGAAAUAUUGCUUGACGAUACCCGGAGCGGGAGACCUCGCCAGCGAAAUUGAGGGCUGAUGCCAGACUACAUUGGAAGACGCAUAGCUUGGCUGGAGUCCGUCAGGAUUCAACGGCGCCACCACAAGUGGCUGGGCAGGAAUGAGAAAAAUGCCCAGCUAUGGCAUAAGUUGGAGCUGUAUAAUCAUCAUAUAGAAUCCACGGAGCAGUAAUUGAACAAUCUGCC